CAAGCGAAAUCAGCUGAUCGGCAGUUCUCGUCUUUGUCCCGUGGUUUUUGUUGAGUCAAGAUCAUGUGAUGGGACUGUUAGCGAAGUCAUACGGAGCAGUUUCCCAAAAUCCAGUUGUGUAUUAAACAGACAGGCUCGGAAUUCUUCACCACUGGAUCCUGAGACCGCUGCACACGGGACCGAGAGCCAUGCUAGCCGCCGUGGGAGUGUGUGUCGUGUUCGCGGGAUUCUCCGCCGUUCUUUCACAGCCUUUCAACGGCGUGCAAUUGGAGCCGGGCCAGAGCACAAGAGUUCCUGAUGGCUGGAAGCAGCUUGAGCGAGUUGGAGACAGUGACAGUGUUGUGUUGACCUUUGCCCUGAAACAGCAGAAUGUGGACCAAUUAGAGGACCUGUUCUGGAGGGUAUCUGACCCGGACAAUGAAAAAUAUGGCAAGUACCUGAGUCUAGAAGACGUCACUUCACUGGUGGAACCGUCUAAGGAGACUGUAGAGACUGUGGGAAAAUGGCUGCAGGGGUCAGGGGUCACAGACUGUAGGGUCGUCCUUUCAAGGGACUUUGUGGAGUGUUCCAUGUCUGCAAGGAUAGCAGAGAGGCUGCUGGGAGGAGUAAAGUUUCACAGGUACACAGAUGGGAAAAGAACAGUCAUCAGGUCUGAGGUAAAAUACCUCGUACCCAGACAUCUCAAGAACCAUCUGGACUUUGUUGGUGGAGUCCACAGGUUCCCCUCCGGAUUCAAACUUCAGGUGAAAGAGAAGAAUUACCAACCAAACUUUCACCUGGGGGUGUAUCCAAGCAUCAUCCGGGAAAGGUACAACUUGUCCAAAACUGACGUGGGCUCCGAUCCCAAAAAUGCCCAAGCUGUAGCCCAGUUCCUGGAGCAGUUCUAUCAUGCCACUGAUCUGGAAGAGUUCAUGCGUGUGUAUGGGGGAGGUUUUCCUCAUAUGACAGAGACAGCGAAGGUGGUAGGUCCCGACAGCGGGGGUGCAGGGUUGGAGGCCAGUCUGGAUGUACAGUACAUCAUGAGCAGUGGUGCCAACAUUUCUACAUGGUUCUGGAGUACUGCAGGUCGUCACGAGUCCCAGGAGCCAUUCCUGGUGUGGCUGACUGGUGUGAGUAACAUGACAUCAGUACCCUGGGUCCACAGUGUGAGCUAUGGGGAUGAUGAGGACUCUCUGGAUCCAGACUACAUGCAGAGGGUCAACACUGAGUUCAUGAAGGCUGGGACCAGGGGACUCACUAUUCUGUUUGCUUCAGGUGACAGUGGUGCAGGGUGUCGAGAAGUCUCAAAAGACAAGAACGUCUUCAGACCAAGCUUUCCUGCUUCCAGUCCCUAUGUCACCACAGUAGGAGGGACGAUGUUCCACUCACCAUAUGAAGUAGGGGAUGAGGAUGCAGACUACAUCAGUGGGGGAGGGUUCAGUAACAUCUUUGACAUGCCAGACUAUCAGACAAGUGCAGUGAAGACCUAUCUGAACAAGAGUACCAAGUUGCCCCCUGAGUCGUACUACAAUGCGACAGGCCGGGCAUAUCCAGAUGUCGCAGCCCUCUCUGAUAACUACUGGGUGGUCAUAGACCUGAUACCUACUCCUUUCAUCUCUGGAACCUCUGCUGCUACCCCAGUGUUUGCUGGGAUUCUAUCCCUGAUAAAUGACCUGAAGUUCCAACAAGGGAAGCCUCCGCUGGGCUUCUUCAACCCGCUACUGUACAAGUCUGGCUGGGAUCUUCUCUAUGAUGUGACAGUUGGGUGUAACGAAGGUUGUCUGGAUGAGCUGACUAAUCUGCAGGGGUUCUGUCCCACGGAGGGCUGGGACCCUGUGACAGGGUGGGGAACUCCUAACUUCACCCUCAUGAAAAAACUGGUGUAAACUACUGUAAGACUCCAUUUCUACUAGACGACAAUCGCUGAGCGAUCGUACAGUAAAUGAGACUGGAUUUGUGUAAGCUUUGAUUUCAUGAUUGGUAAAUGUGAUGAUUUAUAUGAAGCAGAAUGGAAAAGUAUGACUUAAAAGACAUCUGAUAUGUUUGUAUACAUCGUUCUGUAUGAUUUAUCUAAGAGAUGAAUGUCGUUUAGAAAUCUGUCAAAUCUCUAGUAGAAAGGUGUGUGACUGUUAGGUUUGAUAUGUUAAAACUAUUUCUGUAAAGUGUAAGGUCAUUGUUUUCACUUGAUCACUUCUCUGCUGCAAAGUCGUCAUGACUGUAAACAGUAGUGUUUUACCACAAGCUCAAGAAAAUUAUGAUUUUCAGCAACUGCAAACUGAAAUAAAUUUACAUAACAUUGUCCAUUAUCUAAUAAGAGUACUUGUAUUUGUUACGCAGUGUGCUGCUUUAAUUUGAAUAUACAUAUAUGAAUGUAGUACAUUUGUAUACAGACAUUUUAUAUGUGAAGCUUAUGCUGACAAUAACAUGGCUUACACAUAACUUUUAUCAUGAAUAUCAGUUGGCUGUGCACAUCCUGACCCUUUUGCAACAGGGGGCUGUGGUAAGUGCGUGCCAUGUGCAGCAAAAAUGAGAAAAGGGUUUCAAGGGUCCAGGUUUAAUGACACUUGUAAUGACGUCAGAUACUGACAUGGCUAAAACAUGUAAGAAGUCCUUUGUAUUCAGUGAAAACAUUUUUUUAAAUUAAAAACAUGAGCUAUGUGCAUGCUUCAA